UACUUUUGACGUACAAUAGUCAUUGUUAUGUUACUGGUUACGUGUAUGUGGGCAAUGUAGAGUGAACCCCCUUCUGGCUAAGUCUGCUCGAAUUUCAUGUGAAGCAGCCGGUACCAGGAGUUGUCUCUGUCUGCGGAAUCUGUUUCUCAUAAUUAUUACUUGGCCAACAUGGAGAAGCUCGGCGUGGACACUGUAGAAGAGUUCAAAAAGGUUGCUUUAUCGUCAGUGGUUGCAGCUGUUCGCAAUGCCAACACGCUGCCCGCUCCCGGCGACGACUUCAACUUCUACUCCAGCUAUGAUGGCUUUCGUCACUUCUCCCAGCACCAAGGAUCCCAUCUAAAGAAAUUAAUCGGCGGUCUUCUGCAGCAGCAGGAUAUCAAUACGACAUGGAUGCCCCAUGGGCAAGCCAGUGCAGAGGACUGUGAGGAUCAGAUGGAGAGUCUCAUCGAAGGCAAUGACUCGAUCUUGGAGAGAGUUGGUAUACUGCUGGAUGAAGCAUCCGGUGUACGCCAUGCUGAGCCUGUACAGUCUACAACUGCUGGAAAGGCGUCACCGGCAGUCGCCAGCUGGAACAGGGACAAUGCUUCACCAGGAGUCCACACCACGCCAAAAUCGGCCAAGCUCAUCCAUUCCAAGAGUACUACACGUCCACAGCUCCUCUUCAAGGAUGGCGUCGACAAUAGCAGUACGCCGUUUGUACCGAGGCUCACUGAGAAACCCAAUGCCGUUGUACCCCUGCCCAACGUGCCUAAGGUCGUCACUUAUGGUACGGCUUCUUCUGCUCUUGACAUGCUUCUUAGCAGUGCACGGCAAGGGGCUGCUCUGGAAGCUGGCUGUCAUCCGUACGAGGUUGAAUUGCUGCAGUGGGAGCCAAGUGCAGAGCUACUAACACCGGUCAAGGAACAGCUGUAUGGUAAGCUAGCAGACACUCCACUUACCUACGUCGAUACUGUGGAGCUACUGGAGGAGAUGUGUGGCAAGCUGAGUGCUGAGACGGAAAUCGCCGUGGAUCUAGAGGCUCACUCCUACCGCUCCUUUCAAGGUUUCACCUGCCUCAUGCAACUCUCUACGCGCUCCGAGGACUUCAUCGUUGACACGCUGAAACUGCGCACAGAUCUGAUCAUGCUCAAUGAGGUGUUCACAGAUCCCAAGAUUGUGAAGGUUCUGCAUGGAUCAGAUUCAGAUGUGCUGUGGCUGCAGCGUGAUCACAGUCUGUACCUGGUCAACAUGUUUGACACAGGACAAGCAUCGCGCGUUCUGGAGAUGCCUCGCUUUAGUCUAGCCUAUCUCAUGCAGUUCUACUGUAGCGUGACAGCUAACAAACAAUACCAACUAGCUGAUUGGCGCAUCAGGCCCUUGCCCAAGGAGUUGAUCAACUAUGCGCGUGAGGACACCCAUUACUUGCUCUACAUCUAUGAUCGCAUGCGUAACGAGCUUAUCAACAGAGGCAACAAGGAGUCCAAUCUGCUAGCAUCGGUCUGGGUGAAGAGUCGCAAUCUUUGUAUGACGCUGUAUGAAAAGCCUCUCUUCAAAGAGCACUCCUACCUCAUUCUGCAUGAGAAGCACAAGAAGAGAUUCGAUGCUCCCCGGAUGGAGGCAUUGAAGCUUCUCUAUAAUUGGAGAGAUAAGACCGCUCGACGUGAGGAUGAAAGUACAGGAUUCGUCCUGCCUAAUGAAAUGCUGUUUCAGAUUUCACAAAACCUGCCACGAGAGCUGCAAGGUAUUCUGGCUUGCUGCAACCCAGUGCCACUGCUGGUACGGCAGAAUGUCCAGGAGAUCUACACGCUGGUAUCGCAGGCACGUCUUAUCCCGACCAAUGCUCCAGUUCCCACGCUGCCAUCAGAGUUUUCCAAGCGUAAAGGAAACAGCAGUAGCACGUCAUCGUAUGCUCAGAGAAAGUCUGCAACACCUGCCAAACAGCACGACAAACCACUGAAGAAGGCGGACAGCGGUGCUCCGAUUCGUGAGUUUUCCCACGGCUUUGCAAUCUCCGGACCACCGAUUCCUACUGCAAUACCCAAGCUGAUGGCAUUGGUUACGUUACCAUGUAAAGUUGCCAAGAAAUCUCUGCUGUCGGCUGCGGAAAGAGAGGUAGUGGAUCGGGUCAUACUGCCCAGUCAGCAGCAACAACAGCAACAGCCCGCUGCCGCUACGCCGACGUCUGGCACGCCUAUCAAGACUCCGAGUACAAGUAGCGUCAGCAGCACUCUGUCAGCAGGUCGUACCGCCGACACCGGCUCAUCACCUAUGCUGGCGUCAGAUUCCAUUGAGAAGGAGAUGCCUGAACCGAUGGAUGAGGUGACGGUCAAGGUGGAGGCUAGCCAAGACGCAUCCAGUCAUCCCAUCUGGGGACUUUCUAAACCUAAAGACACGGCUGCCAGCACCCCAGUUACCGAUGCACAGACAACUGCCACAGGCGCAAGCACACGGCCAGCAGAACAGUCAAUCAGAAGCCUGAUGGCCGGUCAUGGAACUUUGAAGAGAAAGCGCUCUGGUGAGGACAGCAGCAAGGUGGCAACGCCUGAGGGUGCCGUAAAGGAGGAGCCAUUUGAACCAUUUGACUACGAGGCAGCGCACAAAGCUACUGCCGACAAAGCUGCAGCUGAGCGGAAGCAUACCCGUUCAAACUCGUCUUCGGCUGGCCAGGCAAAGCGGAGAGCCAUCGAUCCAACCAAAGACACAUCAUCAUCGAGCUUCUCGGCUGCACCCAGGAGCAAGGUGAUGCCAAAGAGUGGCGAGCGAAGCAAGAGCUUCUCAAGCAAGAGCCCUGGCGGUAGUGUGCAGUGGCCGAAGAGAUAACAUGUUGCAAGCAGUUCCUGUGCUGGUGGCAACCCUUCUGAGUGAACGGACCCAGGCAAGGUCAGGUGCUUAAAACUACUGUGGUUUCCGUGUGCGAGUGUGGGCUACUCUGCACCGUGGUGGUCCAUGUGUGUUGGCAAUUGUGAACGGGACCAGCUUGAGUGGCUAACUGUGGAAGCCUGAUCUCUGACUUCAGGCCUGGGCCAGUCCACAUGGCCACGCUCUGUGUCGUGUGUCCGCGUGGUGCCGAACGUUCAGUGGGCCUGGUGAGACCGGAGACAUUACAACAGUCAUCAUCCUGGUGCUGAGAUCCUAUAGGACAAAGAUAGCAACACAACACUGACACCCUUCCCUCUAUUUGUGUUGCCUAUUGUCAUGUCGUGUUGUAACACUGGUGGCACUACUGGUUACAUGAUAUUGAAGUGGACUAUUUUUUUUUACUGUGCCUUCAUAGAUGGUGUAUCAUCUGCUUUUGAAUAUUUGAGUUGCUCUAUAAUUUAGUUCUCCUUGGAGUUUCUGAGCUGCGGGA